CGGGAAGGUCAGGGAUAGGAUCAAGGCUACAUUUAUAUAAAGACAGAGGAAAAUGCGUUAGAAACAGUUUCUUAGAAAGGGAAAAGACCAGAGGAUUUUGAACGUCACACUAUGAGGAUCUUAAUUUUUGUCCUCACGCUGAGUGUUUUCUCAUGUUCAGGGUUUCCGGUGUAUGACUAUGAACUCCCCAUCACAGAGGAGGCUCUCAAUGCUUCCCUUGCGAGGAUCAAUUCGCGGUCAUGGGGAACAAACCUGUAUGGUGUUGUCAGGAGCCAUGUCACAAGAGUUGACACUUGGAACAGUGACACUUACAGACUAGAGCUGCAGCUCAGCAUUCGUGAAACCGUGUGCCCGAAAGCUUCAGGGAGAGACCCGUUCACAUGUGACUUCAAAAUAGGGCCUUUCGUGCAAACUGCUUUCUGCAGAAGUGUUGUGGAAGUCUCUGGUGAGCUGAUCUCAAACAUUAUUGUGCAGUGCCAUCGUGGUGCAUCCAGCUCCGAAUCGAUCAGCAGCGAGGAGAUGAUGCACAUGCCAGUAAUGUACCCCAGCAGGCGAGGCAACAGUCGCAGAGAAGAAGAUACACUUGCUCCUGAAGCCUUCCCUUCAAGGGGAAGCGGUGGCAGCCGUGGAGGCUAUUUCAACUCUGACAAGAUUGAAUAACAUGGUUUGGUAGACUGGAGAAUGAGAAGAAUCAGGAUUCCAAGAUCCAGCAUGUGAAGGAGGAACCUGAUGCCAUUUCCUUUUCUUUGUCAUGAAAACCUAUUCUGUAACCAAGUGAGAGCCUUUCCGGAAACUUUCUACUCUAACAUCAAACGGUCAUCCAGCGGUCUCAUGAGAUGGUAACCCAUGUCCUUGUCAGUCGACAGCCGCCUUCUGAUACGUUGGAGUUCACUGGGAGGACAGUCCCAAACACUUAGGGGUAACUGUGUCCAGUAUGUGUUGCACCAUCUCAUAAUGAUGCUAUUAAAGGGCCAUUAUUCCA